AUGAAUCCGGCGCGAAAGAUAACCAGUUACUUCAAGCGACCGGAUUUUGCCUUGGGCGCUCAGACUACACGGUCAGAAACUCCGGUCGAGGACCCCACGCCUGCCCUCCAGUCUUCCCCCAGCUCAGAGCUUCCGCAGCUGCCUCUGUCAGAUGGCACAACCCCAGAUACCCCGGGUGGGCCUUCGGCGCAGUUAAAGCGGUCCCUAUUACGCUCCACUGAAGAGACAGCUAAUAAUGACCCUGGUCCGCAAUCGAGCUUUCAGAGUGUUGGAACAACAUCAUCCUUCGGUUCAUCCCAGCGUGUUUUCAAGAACGGAAGGGAGGUUGUCAUCAGCUCAGACGGCGAAGAGUCGGACUCUACAUCCUCUUUUGAGCCUCCCGAGGAGCUCUUAGCCUUGUUGAAGCCUCAAACUCCGAAGGUUCGAUUCACAGACGAUAGCGAAAUGGAGCACGACUCGUCUGCCUCAGGAAGGGCACUGCGAACUCGAAAGACCCCGAACACCAGAAGCGCUCUGCCGUCUAAGCCUGUCCCUCAUCAGUACAAAAAUACCUUGGAUAGCCUCGUAAUGCACGCUGUCGAUGACAAAGAGACCGAGGCGGAUAUCGCGAGGCUAAGAGCGUCCCUCAAGGCUGAAUCUGCUCGAGAGAGUGACUCGGCAAAACAGAAGAGCGUAAACGAGGGAACUCUUGCCUCAGCUUUAGAUAGUGGUGCCGAUGACUCUACGGGGAUAAAACGUCUCCUCGAUGCUGUGAGAAGAACGGAGGCAUUCGAAUUGGGAAAGUCGUGGCCCUUUUUUGACCUUCAAACACCCUUGCCUCCGCCGCCAGAUUUUCCUCGAGACUGUGUUUGCCCCGGAACUUAUUUAGAGGUACUACGAGAGCCAGGGUCUCGAGAGCGAGCGCUCAGUUCGGGAGUCAUUGACUUUGCGCUCUCAAGGAAUCUACUAUCUGAUGAGCUUGUCAGGUGGAUAUUCUAUUCGAUACCUUCCGAGCCUCGAGAGAGCCUGAGACAUGCCUAUUGCGGGGCAAUCAAGCGUACCACGGCGGAGCGUAUGAAGCGCUUGGUACAGCCAGAAGACAUUGAUACCCUCUUCUGGCACAUGAGUGCGAGACCGCUGGCCUUAGCCUUAUCCGACCCGAUUAUACCAGAUGCACAUCCUUCAAGCGAUCUUCCCGAAUCCCAGCAUCAACAACAUACAGCUCUAUUAUCUGUCCUGGACAUCUUCCGUGAAGCUGCAGACCUCGAUACCCGGAACCGAAUAUUAGACAUCCUUCUUCGACUUCCACUAGACUCUUCGCUAACCCGCCAUUCUAUCAUAUGCAACAAACUCGAGAGAACCAUAACUGCCGUGCUAGAGGGUGUGCCUGAUGAGGACGCUGGUGACCUGGCAACCCGUAUCUGUAAAAUUGUGUCUACGACUUUGAAAGAUGCAGAACUACAGAGCCGCCUGCUAGAGCAUAUUGUACCAACGAAUAGCUGGAUUGCAACGUUACGGCGUCGCCUUGCACUCAUAUUCUUGACGGGCGAUCUCCACGCAGAGCUCCAGCCUGCCAAUGGUGAUUCCGAAGUGAAGCGCAUCACUAAUAUUCUCCGAGACCCACGGUUCGACGUGAAGCGUCACAAGCGGAAAGGCCAGCCUGAAUACGACUACGGGGAGCUCCGAGCUGUCACAACUUUCCUCAACAUUAUCAUAGAUUCCGGAUGGUCUGAGACAAAUUUCCGUGACGAGAACGCAGAAGACGAAUUCAAUCGCGAGGUCGAUUUGCUCGCCGAACGGGUCAAGAAGAUUUUCACUGCUAUUGAAGACUCGGGUGCGUCUCAUCUCAGGCGGACUCUGGCAAAAGAGGCCCUGGAGUCUCUUCAUUAUCGCAUCGUCUACUCGGUCAGGUCGAAGCCGAGGCCAAAGAAAGUCCUCUUCGGUCAAUAUCAUCCCGAAAAGAAGUCCCAGAAUCUUCUCAAGUACAUCAACAAGAAGGUGCCUAUUCGGAGUGACAAACGGGGACCCUGA